UUUAUUUUCACAAUUUAAAAAUGAAUUUUACUCUAAAUAAAUCCUAAGGUUGUGAUAAAUAAGGUGUUCUGACUUCUAACCAUAAAACAAAAUAAUUAAACAAUUAACUGAAUCUGUGUUACAGUUUUUAAAAAGGCUCCAUUUUAUAGACUUAGUUUCAGAAUUAGAGAAGUGAAAAGAUGUGGUGACUGUUCAACUUCCAAGUGCUUAUUUUGAUAAAAUCCACAGUUUGUGUUCACUUUUUUUUUUUUUAUCAUACUUGACACUAUUUCAGUCCAAGGCAAUGCCCAGGAGUCAAAUUUUUUUUUCCUAAAUAAUGAAGAGGGAGUCUCUUGUGCUUCAGCCCCUUCACAGGUGGAGGUCAGUGUUCACAGAAAGGACCAGGCAUAUCCAGAAACUGGAGUACACUAAUCACUUAUUGCAAUUUAAUGAGGUGCAGAGGACUUCAUCAGAGUCAAACUUUAACUCUGAUGACUCUGAUGAAGAAGAUGCGUGUGCGCAUCUUGUUAUUUGAAAACAUUUGUCUAUUAAAAAUGUAUUUUUCUGUUUUGCUUUUCAAAAAAUAUAUCUGGAUCUACUGAGAUUUUGCAGAUGACUUUUACAUGAGAUGUUUAUGACAAAUGUGGUUGUCGUGGAAAAUUAUGAAGAACUGAUUCAUGUUGCUGCAAGUCUUAUGUGGCAUAAUCAUUACCUGCUGUUUGUUGCCAGUUCCUCUUUCUUCUUCUAUUAGUUGAUCCAUCUGUUUAUUCUGCUAUGUGGUUGUAAAGCUGUGUUGUUGUUUUUUUAUGAUUUUUUUUUUUUUUUUUUUUUUACCCGUGCCUGCCAACAUACUUGUCUUUUCUUGUUACCAGUUUUCCUGCCAAAAAAUCUUUAAAACCUGCCUGUAAGUUCUCUUAAUUAAGACAAAUAAUGUCUGUAACCAGCUGGCUGUGCUCUAACCUCAUGCCUGCACAACUCUUUGUGGCAAGUCGGCUGUUGCCAAACUCUUAAGAGAGGAUGUAUAACCCUCAAUAGAGCAUUUUGUCAUCACUUGAGAUCCAUAAGCUGAUGAAAGUAUAGUUAUCUGUUUAAAAGCACACAGUUAAUUGCUGGUAGAAAUGCAUAGGGCUGUUGAAAAUAGUUUCCUCUGCUGAAAUAUCAACUAACUCUUAGUAAAAAUAAGUUAAUGAGACAUGUUUUCCAGAUGCUUUUAUAGACAACAUACAUACACAGUAGACACUCAUACAUGACCAAUCUCUUAUUUAAUAUGCUUUGUUUCAAAAAAUCAUACAUCCUUCCAUUGUCAUUGCAGGUCUGUGAACAACAAUGGAGAUGACCACUGUCUCUUUAUACAAUAACACAACAGCUAUAUCUGAAACAAAUGAAACUGUGUACAUUGAUCAGUAUGUGAAGCUGAGACAGUCUCUGCACAUCAUGUCUCUCAUUGUUUACUCCCUGGCCUUUGUUCUCGGCGUGCUCGGGAACGGAGCUGUUAUCUGGGUGACCGGAUUCAAGAUGAAGAAAACAGUGAACACCGUUUGGUUCCUCAAUCUGGCUGUGGCUGACUUCCUGUUCACUGUAUCUCUGCCUCUGAGUGUGACCUACCUGGCUCUGAGAUUCCACUGGCCUUUUGGGAAGUUCAUGUGUAAGCUCAACAGCACACUGAACUCCCUGAACAUCUUCGUCAGUGUCUACAUUCUGGUUGUGAUCAGUGUGGACAGAUGUGUGUCUGUGGUGUGGCCCGUGUGGGCUCAGAACCAUCGUAAUGUUCGUAAGGCGUCCUAUGUGAGUCUGGGUGUUUGGGUGCUGGGUCUGAUUCUCAGUUCCCCAUACUUUGUGUUCAGGGACACCGGACCAUCCUUUAUGAAUAAAGACAUCAUCAACUGUUUUAACAACUUUGCGCUUUCUGAUGACUAUGAAUCUUUGUCUGUGUAUGAGCUGACGCUCUAUCGUUUUAAAGCCAUGACCAUCACUCGCUUCCUGCUGGGAUUUGUAGUCCCUUUCACUGUCAUCGUGUCCUGUUAUGCUGUGAUAAUCCAUCAUGUAAGGAGAAACCGCACCCUGGCCAGGCAGUCAAAACGCACCUUUAAGAUCAUCGCCGCUGUCAUUACCACAUUCUUCUUCUGCUGGGCCCCCUUUCACGCCAUUGCUCUGAUUGAUUUGGUUCAUUAUCUGACUGAGUAUGAGAGUCAAAAAUUAGACUAUGUCAUCACCAUCGGGGUCCCUUUAACCACCAGCCUGGCCUUCCUCAACAGCUGCCUGAACCCACUGCUCUAUGUGUUUGUGGGUCAAGAUUUCAGGGAUAAAGUCCGCAAGUCCAUCCUGAAUGUACUGGAGACUGCCUUCCAGGAGGACUCUGGCUCUCAGACUGACACACACACAGUGAGCACCAGUCAGAGCAAAGGGAAGUCAGCACAUGACACAGAGGUGUUCAGAGAAAUAAUGGAGAUGACAACGUUACCCGACUAUGAAAACACAACAGCUGAUCCACCUUACACAACAGAUGCUGCAUUAGAUGAGCUGAGCCAGUCUCUCAAAUGCAUGUCUCUCAUUGUUUACUGCCUGGCCUUUGUUCUCGGCGUGCUCGGGAACGGAGCUGUUAUCUGGGUGACCGGGUUCAAGAUGAAGAAAACAGUGAACACCGUUUGGUUCCUCAAUCUGGCUGUGGCUGACUUCCUCUUCAUUGUAUCUCUGCCUCUGAGUGUGACCUACCUGGCUUUGGAUUUCCACUGGCCUUUUGGGAAGUUCAUGUGCAAACUCAACAGCACACUGAACUCCCUGAACAUCUUCGUCAGUGUCUACAUUCUGGUUGUGAUCAGUGUGGACAGAUGUGUGUCUGUGGUGCGGCCUGUGUGGGCCCAGAACCAUCGUAAUGUUCGUAAGGCGUCCUGUGUGAGUCUGGGUGUUUGGGUGCUGGCUCUGGUUCUCAGUACUCCAGACUUUGUCUUCAGGAACACUCAACUAUCUUCUGACAACCACAUCAGCUGUUUCAGCAACUUUGCCUUCCCUGAUGAAUCUAAUCCUCCAGUUUUAAAUGAGUUAGUAGUGUUUCGUUUUCAGGUCAUGACCAUCACCCGCUUCCUCCUGGGAUUUGUAGUCCCCUUCACUGUCAUCGUAUCCUGUUAUGCUGUGAUAAUCCAUCGUCUGAGGAGAAACUGCAAGAUGACCCGCAUGUUCAAUCGCACCUUUAAGAUCAUCGCAGCAGUUAUCCUCACCUUUUUCUUCUGCUGGGCACCCUUUUACAUCUUUGUUCUACUUGACUUGGUUAGUGCUAUGAAUAAUUACGCGGAUGAGACAUUAGGGAGUGUCGUCUACAUUGGCACCCCUAUAGUAACCAGCCUGGCCUUCCUCAACAGCUGUCUGAACCCACUACUGUAUGUGUUUGUGGGCCAAGAUUUCAGGGAUAGAAUUCACAAAUCAGUCUUGAGUGCAUUGGAGGCUGCCUUCCAGGAGGAGCUUUCUCGCUCUCGCUUCAACUCCAACACAGAAGAUGCUAAUCAGAUCAAUGAGAGGUCAUUACUUAGUACCAAAGUAUAA